AUGAUCAAGCCUUUACGGGCAUCAGACAAUGCCAUACUGAAUGUGGUGACACCGAUCCAGGAAAGCAUACAGAAUGAGGCAGACUUUCAGUCUCUGGUCCAGCAGGUGAUGUUUGAAAGUUUCCAUACCAUCCUAACAACAAGUAAAAUGCUAAACAAAGUGAACAUCAACAAUUCUCAGAUUUAUCAGAGAAGUGAGGUCAUAGGGCAAACUGCUGCUCCCAAAUUGGACAGACAGACAGGUGGAUACAAAGAAUCACAACUUACCAGAGCAAAACCCCCCACAGGAACCAAGAGCACAGUUGGAAAACCUAAGCUGUACCUGAAAAACUGCUGGACGUUCACUGUAGUUCCUGGCCAGGGCGUGACACCUCGACACCGACAAGACCGGACCUCCAGGCUCCACACCCCAGGCCCGGGGACCAGCCCCAGCGCCAGAAACUCCUCCGGCGCCUCACCUCCCUCCUCAGCAACGCUUCUCCUUGGUGAGAAGGACCUCUUCUCCCCGGCCAUGGUGAUUCACAGGGAACGGAAAGAGAACAAAGGCGAGGAGCCGGCACUCAGGAAUGCUCUCGAAGCAGGUAGCGGGACGGAGGUGGGCGCGCAGGGCGGGGGCGCAGAGCGGCUGGUCCCACAGGUGGGAGCGCGGAGUGAAGACCAGGGCGCCUGCGCAGGAGGCGGCCCCACUCUGCCCACGAGGCCCACGCCAGGCCGGGAAAUGCGCUCAGGAGGAGGAGGAUGA